UCGCCGACCACCAACAAUCAAAAAAGAGGAAGAAGAAAGGCCUGCAGACACAGCAGAGAAAAGAACACACUUCUGAACCAAGCCAACAUAAAAGAUAAAACAAAGCCUAAAUGGAUCUAACUGAACAGAUUAACCAGUUGGAGGCAGACUUGCAGGAGUUGGGGUCACUCUUGGAAAAGUCAGAGAGGCAGCGAGUGCAGGAACUGCUAAGACAGGAGCAGAAGAAGGUGGAGAAGGAGCUUUCAGUCAAACGACAACAGAAGGAGCAACAGGCCAGGAGACAAGCUGACCCAUCUGCAGCCUCUAAAGCAGCAUACACAGUCAAGAUUACCAACUAUGCCUGGGACCAGUCAGAGAAAUUUGUUAAGAUUUACCUCACACUGAAGGAUGUGCACAAAAUCCCAUCGGAAAAUGUGGAGGUCAACUUUACAGAAAGGUCAUUUUCUGUUCUGGUAAAGGAUCUAGAUGGGAAAAACCAUCAGAUGACAGUUCUCAAUCUGUUAUAUCCAAUCGAUGAAAAGGACAGCUACAAAAAGAUAAAAACAGACAUGGUCCUGCUCAUGUGCAAGAAGCAAACAACAAAGAAGUGGGAGUGCCUAACAACGGUGGAACAGCAGUCUAAAGAAAAAGAUAAACCCAAUAUGGAUGAGAAUGCAGACCCCAGUGAGGGCUUGAUGAGCAUGCUGAAGAAGAUCUACGCAGAGGGAGAUGACGAGAUGAAGAGAACCAUCAACAAAGCCUGGUCAGAGUCCCAAGAAAAGAAGAUACGAGGAGAAGAAAUGAUGGAUUUCUGAACUGCACUCACAGCGAGAGCAAGUGAGAUCAUCCAGGGCUGCAGCAGGCACAAGUUGAAUAUUUAAUGAUAGCAGUUAAAACUGAAGUCCCAAUAUGUGAAUUAUAUUUCCCCAAAAUCUAGAAUUUAUGUAUACAGCUCAUAGAUAAGUUGGCAGGAAUUAUGUGUAAGCCCUGAAUGGCCUCAGUUUGACUCUGCUUUGAAAACCAGGCUGUUGAUGUUCUGUCAGUCGUUGGUCAUAAUGCAGAAACCUGUCCAUAAAUGAAAUGGAAAAUUCCUAUAGAAGUACAAGGGUGCUGUUCACCAGAUGGAACCUAAACACAGCAAGAAAUCACAGUUUCAUAACUUUUUUUUUUUUUUCUUUUGGUUAAGGUUUAUUUUAAAGGGUUAAAGGACCACAAUGCAGUUGUUUUUUGUUUUUUUUUAAAUAAAUGCCUGUCAGUAGAAGAUGGUUUGAAUUCGCCCUGGGUAAUUGAAAAAUGUAGUACAUCUAUACGUUCUGUGAAGGCACUUGUUAAUAAUGUUCCUGUGCAGAAUUCAGUGUAGCGAAACUGAACUGAUAUUUAGGAUGUUUUCAAGUGUACAUUUGCCAAAGUCACAUUUCUGUUCCUUCAGUGAAGACAACCAGAGGGCCCUUCUGACUGUUCUUGUCU